AUGUCUGACGUUCCUCCUCCUCCAGCUGUCGAAGAAGAAACCUAUGAAAAGCCAUAUGAAAAGCCAUAUGAAAAGCCAUAUGAAACUGCUCCACCACCUCAAAGUUAUGAAAAUUUCAAUAAUAGAGUUGAUGACGAUGAAGAGCUUUCUGAUACCAGACUAUUUGUGAAGCCUUUCCCUCCAGAUGUCACUGAUGCUGAAAUGAAGGAAAUUUUCGAACCUUUCGGUGCUUUGAAGGAAAUAAAGAUUUUAAAUGGGUUCGCUUUUGUUGAGUUUGAAGAAGCUGAGUCUGCUUCCCAAGCUAUUCAAAACGUUGCCGGUAAAAUGUUUGCCGACUACCCAUUGGAAGUUGUAUUUUCCAAGAAGUUAAAGCCAAGAUUCAGAGUCAUUAUCAGAAACUUGCCAGAAGGCUGUGCUUGGCAAGAAUUGAAGGAUUUGGCCAGAGAUAACCAGUUAGAAACUACUUUCUCCAGUGUCAACACCAGAGACUUUGACGGUACUGGUGCUCUUGAAUUCCCAACCGAAGAGAUCCUGCAGGAAGCCAUUGAAAAGUUGAACAACAUCGAAUUCCGUGGUUCAGUUUUGGCUGUUGAAAAAGAUGAAAACCCACCACCAAUCAGAUCCUCUCGUGGUCGUGGUGGUUUUAGAGGCCGUGGCGGUUUCGGUCGCGGUGGCUUUGGUGGCCGUGGUGGUUUCGGCGGUCGCGGUGGUUUCGGCGGCCGUGGAGGCUUCGGUGGUCCAAGAGGUGGCUUUGGUGGCCGUGGCGGUUUCGGCGGUCGCGGUGGCUUUGGCGGUCCAAGAGGUGGCUUUGGCGGUCGCGGUGGCUUCGGUGGUCCAAGAGGCGGUUUCCGUGGUGGCCGUGGUGGCUACGGUGGUCCAAGAGGCGGUUACGGUGACUUUGGUGGUCGUGGCGGUGGUUACGGUGGCCGUGGCGGUUACGGUAACAGAGACUACGCACCAAGAGAAGACUACCAAAGAGGCAGCGGAGAAGGCUACCAAGCGCGUGAAAGAUCUCCAGUUAGAGAUUAG